AUGGAUGAAAAUUUACCAUCAGUAAAAAAUAAUAAGCAAAAACACAAUUCUCUUACACUUGUACAAAAAAUUGAACUCUGUCAAGCAAAAAUCACCAAUUCAAAUUUAAAAAAUGUUGAACUUGCUAGUCAAUUUAAUAUUGGUAAAUCGACUGUACAUGAUAUAUUAAAAGGAAAAGAUGAAUUACUUAAUAAAAAUUCUAUCUUCUAUAUUGCUAGUCUUAAAAGAGAACGAAUAUCAAAAUUUUUGCAAAUUGAACAAUCCUUAGCAUUAUGGCUUGAUCAAGCAAAUGGCACAAAUUUAUCAAUAUUUGAUGAAAUUUUACUUCAUAAGGCAACAGACUUUGCUUGA